AUGGCCAGUGGCGAGCUCAUUAUUGACCAAGACUUCAAGAUCAGCGAGGACUCUCGGGACACUCUGUUAAAGUACACCAAAAUACCACCAGAUGAACUCGAGACUCAUGUUCGAACCAUUAGAGACAAGGCUUUCGCCGUCCAUCCAUAUCCCUGUAUAGGCUUGUGGCGCUUCCUAGACUUCGGCAUUGCGAAGCAUAAGCUCUACAAACCUGAGAUCCUCCCACGCAUGCUCACUGGCGAGCAAACAUACCUCGAUCUGGGCUGCGCCUUCGCACAAGAUAUCCGCAAACUCGUCUCUGACGGUGUCGAUAGCAAACACUGCUACGGCUCCGAUCUGCGUCUGGACUUCCUAGAGCUUGGCUAUGACCUUUUUAGAGACCGACAAACGCUGAAGAGUACCUUUAUCGCUGCCGACAUUUUCGCCUCGGAAAGUCAGCUGUUCAAGGAGCUGUCGGGUAAGGUUGACAUCAUUGACGCCAGCUCCUUCUUUCAUCUGUUCGCGAGGGACGAACAGAAAGCCGUCGCGCGGCAAGUUGUUCGGUUGAUGAAGCCACAGAAAGACGCGCUGCUUGUUGGCCGUCAGAUAGGCAGCACCAACCCUGGCGAGGUUGCUCGCCGGUCUGGGAAUGGCACAAGGUUCCGUCAUAAUAUCGACAGCUGGCGGCAGAUGUGGGAUGAGGUCGGUGAGGAAGUGGGACUCAGGUUCGAGGUUGAUGGGAGGACCUGGGGACGGGAAGUCUUAACGCAGGUAUCUGCUGUGUACUUCACAGAUGAGACGUUGACGUUCAUGGAGUUCAGCGUGCGCCGAGUGUAA